ACGGAGAUAGUCUAGUCGCAUUUUCCGCUCGUGCAGUUUGGUCUUGGUUGCUUCUUGUUUCGAACAUUAUGCGAUGAACCUAGAAGAGGACAUUGUGCAGAAAGAUCUUAGCGAUCUUCUCUUGCAUUUCUCCAAGCAGACGUAUUCCGCGAGCAGCUCCGACGAAAAAGCUGCUAGAAUAUUAGAUCGAUGUGUUGAUCUGUUCAUGAAAGAUUACGAGAUUUCCGUUUUGAUGAAUGAUAAUGGAGAAUUGUGUGGUCACUAUCCACAGAAAAUCAUAAUCAUUGAGUCAGAAAUAUGUCAUGAAGAUUCUUCUUCUUCAAGAAAAAGCGAGAAAAUGAAUAAUGUGAGCCAACUAAGACCUCUUAGUGUCAGAGCUCGACUAGCAAGAUGUCGAUCUCGAUUUGUAGUUCCUGUGAUAUCCUUUGAUGGAAAGAACAUUUGCCGUUCAGCAACAAUAUCGAGUUUAGCUGAAAUAUAUGGACGUUCAGGAUUAAAUUUUUUAUUUUCCUCACCAAUAUUACCUGAAGAUGAUGAUACAGCUGCUCUUGAAGAAGAAAGAUGCUUUUUCCUUGACAUUAGCGAAUGGGAUUUGCUACACAGAUCUCGAAUUCAGGACAUUCAACUUCUUAAAACGUUGCGUGUAAAGUAUAUUUUUGACUUGAUGCUUGAAAACAAGAAGGUGAAAUAUGGCAUGAGAGUAACAUCAUCAGAAAAAGUUGAUAAGGAAAACCGUUAUGAAGACUUUUGCCUUUGUUGCAUACCUUACCCAGGUUGUGAAUUCUUCAAGGUGUUAAAAACGAAAGAUUAUAUCUCUGAGCAAGCGCAUUUUGAUUGGGAUCAAGAUUACGUUGACGCGGAUUUAAAUCUACCGCGUGAGAUUGAAUCACUUGUAGAUUGCGAAUGGGAGCAGUAUCAGAGAUGGGACCUCGCGACUUUGACUCAAAACUAUUUUCUCCUUCUAAUAAAAACGAUAUUAGAGAACAACGAUGGCAUUUUAGUUCAUUGUAUUUCUGGAUGGGAUAGGACGCCUUUAUUCAUUGCAUUAUUGAGAUUGUCCCUUUGGGCGGAUGGUGUAAUCCACAAGUCUUUAAAUGCGUUAGAGAUUUUGUACUUGACGAUUGCUUACGAUUGGCUUUUGUUCGGUCAUGAUUUGAGCGACAGGAUGCAAAGGGAUGAAGAGGUGUUCUUUUUCUGUUUUCAUUUUCUACACUACAUCACGGACGACCUAUAUUCAUACGCUAAAUUCGAAAGGUUUUCCAAUGAAUGUGAAAUGUUCAGUUCGCGAAAAGAAAGCGAAAGAUUUGACACUGCAUCAUCUACUGAUUACGCUAACGGCGAUUGCAAUAGCGAGGCGCGUAUCUCUCCUGAUGAAGAUGAACACGUUUGUGUUGUUAACGAGAAUUUUGAUGAAACUAGUUCAAGCUCAGAUACCUUAACAGCUUGUCAUAAUCCAGACGUGGAGUCUCAUCAUCAAAAUGGUUCAACACCAUUGCCUGUUCCAACUGGUAAUAAUUCUUUAAGAAAUAAUGUGCAGCGUUCGAACUCCUUAAAUGCGGGCAGCUGGCAGAUUGUUUCUGACUCGGGAAGUUGCUGCAGUACAAAUGGUAGUUAUGGCGGUCCUUCGAAUGUCGAUAAACAUGACCAUACUAGCAGUCUCAGUUCUUGUGAAGAAGUGAACGAGGAGUCAAUAAGGAAGACGAAGCUCGAAUGUGUUCGUGGCAUGUUUCUUAAACUCUACGACGACGUUUUUCGUGACAGCCAGAACCCAAAUAACGCUACCUUAACGAAGAUAUUUAAUCACGUCACAGAUAAGUUUAAAACCCCUUGGGGAAGGUGACGUCAUGGAUCAAAUGUAACCCGACCCCCUCCUGGCCUAGUGCGAUUUUAUCACGUGACUCAAUGCGACCGACAUGCAACAUCUACGCUUAGGUUCUCCAUCUUUGCGUUUGUGCAUAUCCUCACAAUUUUUGCCGCAUCCUUCGUGAAUGAAACACGCUCAAAAAUGAUGUAGUUUUUAACACAAAGAAGAAACAAGAAAACGAUUAAAACUUAGUUCUUAAAUAACUUAUUAUUUGACUGGAAUCAACUGAAAAGCUAUAGUACUCGAAAUUUCUUAUAUUUAAAACCAACUUUUUAUACAUAUAUAAAUAAAGUUAUCUGCACGAAAA